AUGGAAAUUUACGAAAAACUUAAAAGUGAAACAAGAUUCCUUAUCAAGAAGGCAACUGAUGAUAUUGUUUCUUGUGAAUUACUUGCAUUUAAAGCUGUCACAUUCAAGAAAGGUAAUAUUUCUUCUUUAUAUUCUUUUGAUGAAGAUACAAAGAUACCUGAUGAUAUUAGAGAUGAUAUUAGAAAUGAUUUUAGAAAAGUGACAGAAACCGUCAGAAAAGUUUGA